AAACAACGAAGAAGAAAGCACAAUUACCUGACAACCGGAAGUUGUACUUCCGUGAACAGGGUGGGUUUGACGCUCCGGUCCGGAAAAGCAGCGACUUGCAGCGAAGCACUACGACCGAGCGAGAGUGGAGGGGAGGAGAGAGGAGAAGGAUGGGAGUGGGUUUUAUCCCAUCAAUGUCACCCAUAUCUUAGAGCAGACCCACAUAUUAUCUUGUCUACUUCUUGUUCUCGAGGAUUUUUCUCCACCAAGAUGUCGGCGUCGGCGAUAUUCAUCCUCGAUUUGAAGGGGAAGGUUCUGAUUUGCCGUAACUACAUGGGGAACAUGGACAUGAAUGAGAUUGACCACUUUAUGCCCAUUCUGAUGAAGAGGGAGGAAGAUGCUGAGAUGACGCCACUCGUCACCCAUGGCUCAGCACACUUCAUGUGGAUCAAGCACAGCAACCUUUACUUGGUGGCGAUGACUAAGAAGAAUGCCAAUGCUGCUCUUGUGUACUCCUUUCUUUAUAAAAUAGUACAGGUAUUUCAGGAGUACUUUAAGGAGCUUGAGGAGGAGAGUAUCCGUGACAACUUUGUGACAGUGUAUGAGCUGAUGGAUGAAGUGAUGGAUUUUGGGUUCCCCCAGACAACUGAGAGCAAGAUCCUACAAGAAUACAUCACCCAGCAGGGCCAUAAGCUCGAGGUUGGUGCACCCCGACCACCUGCCACCGUCACCAAUGCUGUGUCUUGGCGGUCAGAAGGCAUCAAAUACAGAAAAAAUGAGGUUUUCAUGGAUGUUAUCGAGUCAGUAAAUCUCCUGGUGAGUGCCAAUGGCAGUGUGCUGCGCAGUGAAAUAGUGGGCAGCAUCAAGCUCAAAGUGGUGCUGUCGGGGAUGCCUGAACUAAGACUGGGCCUCAAUGACAAAGUGCUGUUUGAGAUCACAGGAAGAGAGAAGAGCAAGACAGUUGAGCUGGAGGAUGUGAAAUUCCAUCAAUGUGUCCGUCUGUCACGCUUUGAGAACGACCGCACCAUCUCUUUUAUUCCCCCUGAUGGCGAGAGUGAGCUAAUGUCGUACCGGCUCAACACAACCGUGAAGCCUCUUAUAUGGAUUGAGAGUGUGAUUGAAAAGUUCUCUCACAGCCGCGUGGAGAUUAAAGUGAAGGCUCGAAGUCAGUUUAAGAGUCGGUCCACUGCCAACAAUGUGUCUAUUCUGGUGCCAGUCCCCAGUGAUGCUGACUCACCCAAGUUCAAGACCAGCACCGGCAGUGCCAAGUGGGUGCCCGAGAAGAACGUGGUGCAGUGGAACAUCAAAUCAUUCCCUGGGGGUAAGGAGUAUGUGAUGCGGGCACACUUCGGUCUACCCAGUGUGGAGAGUGAUGAGCUGGAGGGAAAGAGACCAAUCACAGUUAAUUUUGAGAUCCCUUAUUUCACUGUGUCUGGCAUUCAGGUGCGCUACCUAAAAAUCAUAGAGAAGAGUGGCUACCAGGCGUUGCCAUGGGUACGCUACAUCACACAAAGUGGAGAUUACCAGCUCCGGACAAACUAAAGGGCACAGAUGCUGCUAGACGAAUGGAUAUUUUCUCUCUCUGUCGGUCUUCGUGUCUGUUCUCUCCAUUUGUCCCGCUGACAGUGGAGGACAGGUGCGUGCAGGCAUACGAAGUUUUUCCCCACUAUGAAUGGAAGCAGGACGUCUUCUCUUAUUCCUUUACUAAGCUCAAACAGCAAAGAGUGUUGCAUCACCACUGACCUGAAACUACUUUCAAACACUCCUCAGGACUCCACUAUAAUAUUUCAGAAAAAUGAAUAACAACUCAAGCUAUGGCACAGUUUAUAUCAAACAUUGUGUCAAAUGAUCAUUUAAACAAUUAUGUUUUACGAUCAAACAGUAGCUGUGGUAUUUCAUUCAUUUUUUAUAUUUUUGAUUUACUUAUUUGUUCUAAAUGGGCCAUAAAGGCUGAAAUUUGCAGUGUGCUUGUUCCCCUCAAUAUAACAUAAUCUUAAUCUUAAACUGUCAGCAUUUUCAUUCCUCAUACAUAUAAAUUAUUCUAAUUAUUUCAUUAAGAUGUAUCUAACUUUGUUUCUCCUCUCAAAGAACCUCUACUUCAGUUCACUAUCCUAAAGAAAGGGGGGAAAUAAUCAUCACCAUUAGCACUGCGAACAUAAUCCCCAGUGCACUGAAACGAACACCAGCAACCAGGUCAAUGAUUAAUAAGGUGCAAUAUUGUCAAAGGCAUUGACAGUGUAACAUAAUACCCCAGACCCAUGGGGCUUGUAACCUUGUCCUUGUUCGAGAAAUCAGCUUAGUAGCUCCGAGGCAGUGAGUCAAAGAACGAGUAUUGUGCAGAUAAUUUUUUUGGUGUAUUUAUUUGUUGUUUAAACCAUAAUGGUUUAUGUAGGAGGUGAAGGGGAUAAAAUUACUUGAACGCUUUAUGUGGAAUCUGAGUGGGUAAUGUUAAAGGGUAAUUGUCUCUCCAUGGUUUUUUCAUUUUUAUAUUUCUAUUGUCCCUUUUUUAUCUCUUUUGUUUUGCUGUGGUUUCUUUACUCUGUUUGAGCAGGUUGUGGCAUUCUUCACUGUUUGUUAUUGUGAAUACAUUACAUUUUUACGACACGUGCUGUUAUAUCCCUCCAUUACAAUCAUUCAUUUAUCUUAAAUGGGGCCAGUUCAGACACCAGUGGGGAUUUUUUUAGUCUUUUUGAUAAUUUGUUGUCUUUAAUUUAUCAACCACUGUUUGUCCCAAUGAGGCAAAGAGAUAUAUUUGGAAAUAAACUUUUUUUUUUAUGAAUCCUU